CGUGGGCCCCAUGGGGGGCCGUAGACCGUUGCGAUUGGAGAAUAACAAAAUAAAUAAUAAAUGUAAACAAUAAACAGUCCAAAUGGUAAUCAAAUCGACGAAAUUCGCCAGUCGGCAUUUGGCACUCGACCGUUACACAGUCAAGUCAGUUGAGCACUAGCCGUUGGAGCGUUAUUUCCUACUAUCGUAAUAAGCUCGUGCCUCCCGCCACCGAGGAGAGGUUUUCAAUCGUCUUUCCGCGUUCGACUCUCUCCCCUUCUGUUUAUCGUGUCCCCGACCCCUACUCAUCAGUCCACAAGUCGUCGGUACUCGGGUUUUGUUUAGUCUCAUUGAAAUUCUUCAUCGUUGACGUCAUCCCCAGACGGGAGGUGCGUAAACAACUCAAUAUUAUACUUGGUGCUGUAUCAAUACACAAUAUUCGUUAUUGUAAUAUUGUGUCGCUAACCGUUCGUUUUUUCUUCCACUCGUUAUUUCGAUAAACUUAAUCUGCUAUGACCAUACGACACGUUCAACGCUAUGACGAUGAUUCAUCGUUUCGUCAUUCAGCUAACAGCUUCCAUAUUUUGCUUCGCGCUUGGCUGUUAAAAUAAUUCGCACUCUGUUUUUACGACAUUAGGCAGUACACAAUAUUCCAACGAGUUGAUACGUUUUUUCUUCACAGCUUCAACACUCGUUACAUCUUACUAAAAGAAAAAAACUUGACGCCGGACAAUGACUUUGGAACCGGAAGAGCACUUUAAGACACCCGAAUGGGUUUCAAGAUUGGAGAAUAAACACAAAAAAUUUCAUAAAUUAGCUCAUGAAGUUGGAUCUGGUUCAAGUUGUUUAAAAUGUGGAGAUGCUUGCCCUGGCUUGGAUUUACAUUUUUGGCGAAAGGUGUGUAUGAAUUGUAAAUGUAAAAAAGAAGAACAUAACAUUGUAGAUGAAGAUCAAUAUAAGCAAUUGGACAUUUUGUUUAAUGAUUCAAAAUCAAAUUACCAACCAAUAAAAGCAGUGUUGAAUAUGAUUAUUAAACCUGAUGAUAAGUUAAUCAAAAAACAAGAAACUGAUCAAAAUCAAAAUGAAUUUAAGUUUGAUUGGGUGCCUCCAAAUGUUCAUAAAGAUCUAGCUUCAGAAUACAUGCAGUUGUUACCAUCUGACAAAUUACCUAUUAGUGGCAGUGAAGGAGCUUUUUAUAGACGCAAACAGCUUGAAAAACAGGUUCCUUUACAUGAUUUUAAUGCAAACGUUUGUCAUAAUCUUACUGUUGAAGAAGCUGAUGCUAUGGGUUCUUAUUUAAAAAAUAUAAAAGAGCAUGCUGUUGGUCAAGGCUUGGUCAAAAAACUUACUGAUAACACUAUUAAUCAUCCAAUUCCAUUGUUUAAAAAUAUGAAUCUUACACCAAAACCAUUUAAAAAAAGUUAUAACCAACCGCUCGAAGAAGAAGAAUUUCCGCCUCCUCCUCCGGAACUUUUGUAUCCGUCAUCUAAUAUUGCAUUAAAGACACCGAGUACAUUCAUUGGGAAUAAAUGUUAUCCUGGAAGCAAUAAACCAGAAGUCAAUAUUUUAGACACUGUUAAUAACAACCCAGCUGAAUUUAACAGGCAAAUUAUUACUUCACAAAGGCCAAAUUCAAAUAUUGCUGUAUCAGAAACCUUACCUCAACAACAAACAAAUUUCUCCUCAAAUAUUCAGAAUGACAAUUACAAACCUUUGCCGCAUGAUAAAGAUAAUGGCGAAUCAUUAAAAAAUUCCAGGGAAGGUUCAAACGAAUUCAUAACAUCUAAUGCUGAUAUGUGUAUUUUAUCUAAUGGCAAAGAGUUGCGUUGUAAGCAAUGUAAUAAGAAUGUAAUACCUGGUCAAGUUGCUGUCAUGGCUGAACGCACUGGGAAAGAAGUAUUUUGGCAUCCAUCAUGUUUUAUUUGUACUACAUGCGAGGAACUAUUAGUUGAUCUAGUAUACUUCUACUAUAAUGGGAAUGUUUAUUGUGGUAGACAUUAUGCUGAAAUCUUAAAUAUACCACGAUGUAAUGCUUGUGAUGAGUUAAUAUUUUUGAAAGAGUAUACAAUUGCCGAAGAACAUACCUACCAUGUUCGACAUUUUUGUUGUUUUGAAUGUGACAAACCAUUAGCUGGAUUAGAAUAUGUGUCGAUUGAAAAACAACCUGUUUGCUUAGAUUGUUAUCAAAAUAAAUAUGGAAAAAAAUGCGAAACCUGUCACAAUAUGAUAGUUGCUGGUGAAAAUAGAAUUGGUUGGCAAGAGCUGAGCUGGCAUGAGUCUCCAGCAUGUUUUAAAUGUUAUCAGUGUUACACAUCUCUCUUAGGUAAAAAGUUUACUGUUAAAAAAGGAAACCGGCCUUUAUGUAGCAGAGAAUGUGUAAUAGCUUUUAACAAUUCUACAGAACUUUAAAAUUGUGCUAAAUUUUAUUUUGUAAAUACAAGGAAAUUUAUCAAGUAUUUUUGAUCUUUAGUGGUGGAAUAGCGAUUUUUAAUAUUCUACCACUAAACAACUAAUAUGCUUAAUAAAUCAUCUUGUGUAAACAUAUAUAUUAAUAUUUCUAAUAAUAUUUUUUCAAAUAUUUUAUUAAAUUAAAAAGACAAUACAAACUUAACAGUAAAUCAAACUAAUGUUUGCUAUACACAUUGAUUCAAUACUUAUAAUAUAAUUUUAAUUUCUUAUCAC